AAUUUCUUUCAUGGAGCAAAAGUAUCGAGACCAGACGUGCAGUAUCCAACAGCUUACUGAAGAGGUUCAGGUUUUCAGGGGGCACCGAAUAGAACUUAAACGUCAGUUGCAUCAAAAGACUGAUGAAGCUGAAGCAGUGAGCCGUCGACUUAAAGAGACAUUGGAAAAGAAAGAAAAUUUAGAAAAAGAAUUAUCAGAUACACUAGAAAAGAAAGAAAAUUUAGAAAAAGAAUUAUCAGAUACACUAGGUGAAAAUUCUACUUAUCCUGAAUCUCAGAAUUUUGAUGAUUCUCAUGGAACAGAAGUGCAUAGUUUUCAAGGUCAGCGUAAUAGCAGAGGCAGAAUAAUAAAAAGAACAGAUAUCCAAAAUGUGUAGUCUUUUUUUAAAGUAGUAUGAACUUUGAUUUAUACUUCUUGAAUCGAAUCAGCAUUUACUAUUUUUCUUUUCUUAUAUUUAAAAGCAUUUUAUCAUAUAUGUGUGUGUAAAAUUAAUAUAGCUUUGCUUGAUAAAAUAUCAAUAAAAUAAAAUUACACAAAUGU